ACGUAGCAACGGAGCUAUUUCAGGGAAACUGAGUUUGGGGGUUAUCUGGGACUGUUGGAGCCGCCGCCGCCGUCGCCGCGUUUGAGCAUUUGCGAUGUCAGGCUUUGAAAACUUAAACACGGAUUUCUACCAGACAAGUUACAGCAUCGAUGAUCAAUCACAGCAGUCCUAUGAUUAUGGAGGAAGUGGAGGACCCUAUAGCAAACAGUACACUGGCUAUGACUACUCGCAGCAAGGCCGAUUUGUCCCUCCAGACAUGAUGCAGCCACAGCAGCCGUACACUGGGCAGAUCUUCCAGCCAACUCAGGCAUACACUCCAGCUUCACCUCAGCCAUUCUAUGGAAACAACUUUGAGGAUGAGCCACCUUUAUUAGAAGAGUUAGGUAUCAAUUUUGACCACAUCUGGCAAAAAACACUAACAGUAUUACAUCCAUUAAAAGUAGCAGAUGGAAGCAUCAUGAAUGAAACCGAUUUGGCAGGACCAAUGGUUUUUUGCCUUGCCUUUGGAGCCACAUUGUUACUGGCUGGCAAGAUCCAGUUUGGCUAUGUAUAUGGGAUCAGUGCAAUUGGAUGUCUAGGAAUGUUUUGUUUAUUAAACUUAAUGAGUAUGACGGGUGUUUCAUUUGGUUGUGUGGCAAGUGUCCUUGGAUAUUGUCUUCUGCCCAUGAUUCUACUCUCCAGCUUUGCAGUGAUAUUUUCUUUGCAAGGGAUGGUAGGAAUCAUUCUCACUGCUGGGAUUAUUGGAUGGUGUAGUUUUUCUGCUUCCAAGAUAUUUAUUUCUGCAUUAGCCAUGGAAGGACAGCAACUUUUAGUAGCAUAUCCUUGUGCUUUGCUAUAUGGUGUCUUCGCCCUGAUUUCCGUCUUUUGAACUGAGUUAAUCUGGAAUGUGGACAUUGGUGGGCCAAACACACAAAAAGGACCUUGAACUCUUAAAUUGGACCAGCAAACUGCUGCAGCGCAAUUCUCAUGCAGAUUUUCAUUUGACUAUUGGAGCAAUGAAAGUAAACAUGUAUUUUUUGUUCAUGUUUUAUAGAAUUUUUGAAUACUAUAUUGGAUUAACCUGCAGUGUGACUAGCUUUAAGUGUUUGUGUUUAUACAAAUAAGAAAUGCUCUUUCCUUCCUGUUCUUGAAAAACAACUUUUUCCUUGCAGAUUAUAAUGUUUUUAAUAGAUUUGUAUCAACUGUGGGAAACCAACCACAAAGCUGAUCAUCUUUCUUUAAAACAACCCAAAGAGAAGACACAGACUUACUGCAGAAAUAUUUUUCCAAGGAAUUAGGAAAGAAAAAUUGCCCGUAUUCUCAAGUCAGUUGCACUCAAAGCAAAAAAAUGAUCCAAAUAUAGUUUUAUGAGUUUGCACUUCAAAAAUUUGACAUUCCUGCAAAUUAUCUCAUGGGAUUUUUGCUAAAAUUAAGAGAUCAAAGAACUUCACAGUCUACCUUAUUGUAGACAUGAAAUGUGAACACCUGUUUAGCUAUUAGUGUUAACGAAACUAGUGACCUGGACUGACUGCAUUAAUGCUCUCAUAGUUGGGUCUUCAUGGUUUCCCAAGAGAGAAAAAAGUCACUAACCUUUUUUGCGAAAAAGAUGGAAAAUUUUACAACUUCAGUAUUGCAGUUGUCAAUGUAAAAUACAUUUGAAUGCUUAUUAAAAUUUUCCCAAUUAAUUUUAA